AUGGCGUCGGGCCCUCAUACCUUUGUGACCAUGGUGGUCUUUUCCCCUGAGAAAUUCCAGGGAAACCCCUUGGCCGUCGUUUCCGUGCAUGGGAACGCGCUCUCCCAAAAACGCAAGGCCCAGAUCGCAAGGGAGUUCAGGUUCUCCGAGACGGCCUUUUUGCAUGAUGCUCCAGGUCCCGGUCAACCCCGGCUACUGGAGAUCUUCUCGGAGACUGGGGAGGAGUUGCCUUUUGCCGGUCAUCCUGUCAUCGGAGCAGCGUAUUAUAUAUUCAGCUAUCUCGAGAGAAUGCACUACGGCGGGCCGGCCGAUCGAGACACUCAAAAGCAGACCGCCGUGCUGCUGACAAAGGCCGGUCGCAUACCCAUCUUUUUCAAUCCUUACCGUCAAGUGGCUGCCUGCGCAGUCCCCUUCAACUUCCACAUUCACGCCCAUCGCGUUCCGAUCAACAAUAUCAUCUCCACACAGCCGCAUAUUCAAAUCGUCCCGACAAUCGACAAGGAAAGGGACAAGACCUUUCCUCUGGUCUCGAUUGUCAAGGGCAUGUCCUUUGUCCUCGUCGACCUCUCUGACAAUGCCGAGAUUUUUGGCGCCUUGCAGGCAGCCAAGUCGCCAGAGGCGGAGCUGGAUACUAAGUGGUCACCGAGUUUCGUGGGAUGUAUGUAUUAUAGAGUCCUCGCAAAGUCGGAACAGCCUGGGGAACCAGCUAUCCACAACAUCCAAGCAAGGAUGAUUUCUCACGGCAUUGAGGAUCCGGGGACUGGGAGUGCGUGUUGCGCUCUGGCUUGUUAUCUGGCCUUGGGCAGCCCAGGCCCAGGCGCUUCAUCGGAGCCGGAAAAACCUGCGGAGGAGGCAGCGGGCAACGGAAAAGACGAUGCCGAAAUCGCAAAGAAAACAGAGGAACUGAAGCUGGGAGAGGCAAAGACUGAGAGGAAAGUAUUUGGCAUCCAACAGGGAGUAGAAAUGGGGAGGCUGAGCACCAUCGCAGUCGAGGUGGACGUCAAGACCAAUGCGCAAGGGAAGAAGAGCAUCGCGAAUGUGAUUCUAUCGGGCAGGGCGAAUUUGCAUCUGAAAGGGGAAAUUCUGGGUUUCUAA